AUGAAUAAUCCCUGGAGUAUCGAAGAUGACAUACGUCUGUUUCGAUGGAUCACGGACUUUAAGCCGGCUGGAGUGCAUAAACAUUUCCAUAUGAUCAGCAUCUUAGGAAGGAUGAACAAACCCGAUCAAUUCCCUGUUGUGCUACUUUUUGACAAGCUGAAAAGCGAUGGUAAGAGUCAAUUCGUGGCUGACGAAGUAUGGGCGAAACUUGACCAACAUUACGAUUUGGCCAAAGUUGAUGAACGAGAAAAUAUGGUGUUGGAUCAAGACCAGCAGCACCGCGAUUUCGAUGAGAACGAAUUGAACGAAGAAGAUGAAGAAAAGGGAAGGGGGCAAGAGGCUCAUUUUAAUGACAGAUCGCAUUUCCAGGCUCUGCGACGAGUUUUCAAAGCACCACGAGAAUUUAGUUUACCUUGGGACGAAUAUGGAGAGCUGAUCUUGGGAAAUGCCAAAAAUGAAGUGGAAGACUACCAAGAAGACGAAGGAAAAGGUUCGGGACCGGAGGAUGCUGGCCAGGAUCUUUCUUCUGGCAAGUCCCAUACGGAUAUUGGGCAAAAGGAAAGAUCGCCAAAGCGGGUGACAAGGUCUACGGCAACUCACACACAAUCUGGACGAGUGACUAGAUCUAAGGGACCUGCUCCGGUAUCAAAAAGUGAUGAAGAAGAUCAAGAAGAUGGUGAUGGCGAUGCAAAAUCGGACGAAGGCACCGAAUCGGGAUCUGGACCAGACCGUGGUGAAAUAAGCAGUCCACAAGAAGAAAGCCGGAUGUCAAGCAUUGAUAGAGAAGAUCAAGAUCCAAAAUCGCAUGAAACGGAUAUUGAGCAGAAGGAAAUUGUUGAAGCUAUUCCUGCACAGGAAACGAGUUCGGCUCCUUCGACGGUUGAAGCAGAGCAUGCUGCUCCACUUCCAGAGGGCUCCCCGCCUUCAAAAAGAACCAGAACAACUCGAAGCCAUCCGACAGAGGCAGUUUCAGAAACUAAUGAUUUGGACAAAGAACCUGCAUCAUUAGCUCCGGUACAAACUCCGUCAGAGGCCGAACCACAAACUCAACAGGUGGUGAGAAUGAGCUCGCGUGUUGCUAAUCGUCGCAAAAGUCGUAGGUAA